AUGGGCUCCAAUCGAGCACAGGACACGAAUACCCCUACGAAGAAGCCAUACCAAAACCUCCGUAUCUCACCCUCUUCAUCCUCCACAGAGUUCGGAGCAGCGUCCAUAGCAGCCGGCGCCCUCUUCUUCGCUCUCGGUGUCAUGCUCCUCCUCGACAAGGGCCUCAUGGCCGUCGGCAACAUCCUCUUCCUCCUAGGCCUCCCCCUCCUCCUGGGCCCGACGCGCACAAUUGGCUUCUUUUCCCGCGCCGACCGACGGCUAAGCACCGCGUCGCUUCUCACCGGCAUCGUGCUCGUCCUCGUCAAAUGGCCGUUUGUGGGGCUGGUGUUGGAAGGGGUUGGGGUUGUGAAUCUGUUCGGCCCGUUCAUUCCGACGAUCUAUGGCUUCGUCCGCGGGAUCGUAGGCCGCUACGUCGGCGUAUGA